CUCUACACCUCCCCAUCUCUCCUUCAAACCUCCCAUUCUCCCAUCCUGUUUUGGCAUGCAUGCACCCUUACAUAAGAAAGUUCCAGUAAUAAGACUCCAAACAGGAUCAACUGGUCCAAGCAUAAGUGUGUGUGUGUGUGUGUGUGUGUGUAUGUAUGUGGGUGUGACACAUUCAAACAUGUACUGUAUGUUACGUGAACAGUACCAAUAACAACAGCAGUAAGAGCAGUCUUUAAUGUUGGGAUCAGAUGAGUACAAGGUAGCACUACAGGUGAUCAGACUGUCAGCAUUACUGUCAGACACACACAGAACCAGAUGGAGCACAGAGAGGAGGCUGAUGGUGAAACCAGAGAUUUAUAAAGGAAGACUGCUGUUGAGUCUGACCCACGCCCCUCACCCUUCCCAGCCUGCACCUGCAGGUCAACCCCCCUCCCUCGGAGUGGGCGUGGCCACAGGGUGGUCGCUGUAGCUAUGAGCUAUGAGAGGCGCAGCACAGGUGUGGUUGUGGUGGAGUUUGCGUAUCAGUACACAGAUAGAAAUGGCAGCAUCAUCUCCAUCAAACCUAAUGAAGAAUACCUCCUCCUGGAGAAGACCAGCGAUGAAUGGUGGCUUGUCUGCAAGGAUGAGAGGACCGAGCCCUUCAACGUCCCCCCCAGGUGUGUCAGGGAACUUCCCAGCAGGUUCCCACUGGACCCUGCUCACCCCCCCAGACCAGAGACCACCAGAGUCCCUGAGCCAAGACAACAACACAAGACACCACAGAGGGCUGUCGCUAAAACGAGUCUCUCUGGGGAACAUGACAUGGACACCAAAGCUAGGAGCCCAAUCCAACAGAGACCAGCCUCACCUGUACCCAGCUGUGUGUCCAUGAAGAGUGACAAGUCUAUGGAAGCACCUAUCAUGUUCAGUGAUGGAGGAGGGCCUUCUACUGAGAAAGGUAUGAGCCAGCAGAGACCAGCCUCACCUGUACCCAGCUGUGUGUCCAUGAAGAGUGACUGGUCUAUGAAUCAACCUAUCGUGUUCAGUGAUGGAGGAGGACCUUCUAAUGGGAAAGGAGAUCAACAGGAGGAGUCUGAGUCAGACCAGAGUCACCAUGAGGACUUGUCCUCCAUAUUCACAGUGCUUGAGGAAACUGUCAUCAAGUUUGUGAAGGAAGAGCUGAAGAGGAUGAAGAGGAUUCUGAGUUCAGAUUUCUCAGAAGGCUUAGAGAGUCAGAGGGAGGACCAGGAAGUGGUGGACCCUGAAUAUCAGAAGCAGGAGAGCAGUGCCAGAGAGGGAGCUCUGAAGAUCACACUGCACGUCCUGAGGAACAUGAACCAGAAGGAGCUGGCUGACACUCUGGAGAAAAACAAGCGUGCUGAGAUUUGUCGACAGAAACUCAAAUCUGAACUAAGGAAGAAGUUUGAAACUGUGUUCGAGGGCAUAGUUGAACAAGGAAACCCAACUCUUCUCAAUAAGAUCUACACAGAUCUCUACAUCACAGAGGGUGAGAGUGGAGAGAUCAAUAAAGAACAUGAGGUGAGACAGAUUGAGAUAGCAUCCAGGAAGUCAGCAAGAACAGAAACAGCCAUCACAUGCAACAACAUCUUUAAACCCUCAGCUGGACGAGAUACACAUAUCAGAAUUGUUCUGACAAAAGGAGUUGCUGGCAUCGGAAAAACUGUCUCUGUGCAGAAGUUCAUCACAGAUUGGGCUGAGGGACUAGCCAAUCAGGAAAUCCAGUUCAUCUUUCCUUUUCCGUUUCGAGAGCUGAAUUUGUUGGAUGGAGAAGAGUUCAGUCUGAUGGAACUUGUCCAUCACUUCUUCUCGGAAACCAGAGAAUCAGGAAUCUCCAACUACGACAAGUACAACGUUCUGUUUGUCUUUGACGGUCUGGAUGAGUGUCGACUGCCCUUAGCCUUCAAAAAGAACAAGAGCUGGUGUGAUGUCACAGAGUCCACCUCAGUGGAUGUGCUGCUGACCAACCUGAUCAGAGGAAAGCUGCUUCCCUCUGCUCUCAUCUGGAUCACCACUCGACCUGCAGCAGCCAAUCAGAUCCCUUCUGAGACUGUCAUCAGGUUUGUGAAGGAAGAGCUGAAGAGGAUGAAGAGGAUUCUGAGUUCAGAUUUCCCAGAAGGCUUAGAGAGUCAGAGGAAGGACCAGGAAGUGGUGGACCCUGAAUAUCAGAAGCAGGAGAGCAGUGCCAGAGAGGGAGCUCUGAAGAUCACACUGCUCAUCCUGAGGAACAUGAACCAGAAGGAGCUGGCUGACACUCUGGAGAAAAAUGAGCGUCCUGAGAUUUGUCGACAGAAACUCAGAUCUGAACUAAGGAAGAAGUUUGAAACUGUGUUCGAGGGCAUAGCUAAACAAGGAAACCCAACUCUUCUCAAUAAGAUCUACACAGAUCUCUACAUCACAGAGGGUGAGAGUGGAGAGGUCAAUAAAGAACAUGAGUUGAGUCAGAUUGAGACAGCAUCCAGGAAAUCAGCAAGAACAGAAACAGCCAUCACAUGCAACAACAUCUUUAAACCCUCAGCUGGACGAGAUACACCUAUCAGAAUUGUUCUGACAAAAGGAGUUGCUGGCAUCGGAAAAACUGUCUCUGUGCAGAAGUUCAUCACGGAUUGGGCUGAGGGACUAGCCAAUCAGGAAAUCCAGUUCAUCUUUCCUCUUCCGUUUCGAGAGCUGAAUUUGUUGGAUGGAGAAGAGUUCAGUCUGACAGAACUUGUCCAUCACUUCUUCUCGGAAACCAGAGAAUCAGGAAUCUUCAACUACAACAAGUACAACGUUCUGUUUGUCUUUGAUGGUCUGGAUGAGUGUCGACUGCCCUUAGCCUUCAAAAAGAACAAGAGCUGGUGUGAUGUCACAGAGUCCACCUCAGUGGAUGUGCUGCUGACCAACCUGAUCAGAGGAAACCUGCUUCCCUCUGCUCUCAUCUGGAUCACCACUCGACCUGCAGCAGCCAAUCAGAUCCCUUCUGAGUGUGUUGAUCUGGUGACGGAGGUACGAGGGUUCAAUGACCCACAGAAGGAUGAGUACAUCAUGAAGAGAUGCAGUGAUGAGAUCCUGGCCGGGAGAAUCAUCUCACACAUCAAGACAUCAAGGAUCCUCUACAUCAUGUGCCACAUACCAGUCUUCUCUUGGAUUACUGUUACAGUCCUUGAACACAUGCUGAGAACAGAGAAGAAAGAGAAGAUGCCCAAGACCCUGACUGAGAUGUACACAACCUUCCUGGUGUUACAGACCAAACAGAAGAAGGUGAAGUAUGCUGGGAAAACUGGGACCGAUCCACACUGGAAUGAAGAGAGCAUUCAGAGUAUUCUGUCACUGGGAAAACUGGCCUUCCACCAGCUGGAGAAAGGCAACCUGAUUUUCUAUGAGAAAGAUCUGACAGAGUGCGGCAUUGAUGUCUGUGAUGCCUCAGUGUACUCAGGAGUGUUCACACAGAUAUUCAGACAGGAAGGUAAAGUCUUCCAGGAAAAAGUGUUCUGCUUUGUCCAUCUGAGCUUUCAGGAGUUUCUGGCUGCUGUGUUUGUGUUUCUCUCAUUCAUCAACAACGAUGAGAAUCUGAUGUCUAAGAAUCCAUUAGCUUCCAGUUCCAACAAACUGUUGGCUCUUUUCAGAGAGAGACCAGAAGUCAGUUUCUACAAGAGUGCUGUGAACAGGGCCUUGCAGAGUAAGAAUGGACAACUGGACCUUUUCCUCCGCUUCCUCCUGGGCCUCUCAAUGGAGUCCAAUCAAACUGACUUACGAGGCCUACUGACUCAGACAAGAAGCAACACGCAGAGCCAUGAAGAAACAGUCAAGUACAUCAAGGAGAAGAUCAGAGAGGAUCCCACUCCAGAGAGAUGCAUGAAUCUGUUCCACUGUCUGAAUGAACUGAAUGACCAUUCUCUGGUGGAGGAGAUCCAACACUACCUGAGCUCAGGAAGUCUCUCCAGUGAGAAGAAGCUCUCAUCUACACAGUGGUCAGCUCUAGUCUUUGUGUUGCUGACUUCAGAAGAGAAGAUGGACGUGUUUGACCUGAAGAUAUACUCCAGAUCAGAGGAAGGUUUUCUGAGGCUGCUGCCAGUGGUCAAAGACUCAAAAACUGCUCUGCUGAAUGACUGUAACCUCUCAGAACGGUGCUGUGAAGCGCUGGCCUCAGCUCUCCCCUCCUCAGAUCUGACAGAGCUGGACUUGAGUAACAACAACCUGGGGGAUUCAGGCAUGAAGCUGCUCUCUGCUGGACUGGGGAAUCCACUGUGCAAGCUGGAGACACUGAGGCUGUCCAGCUGUCUGGUCACAGAGGAAGGCUGUGCUUCUCUGGCCUCAGCUCUGAGGUCCAACCCCUUCCACCUGAGGGAACUGGACCUGAGCUACAAUCAUCCAGGAGAAAAGGGAUUGAAGCUGCUCUCUGCUGGACUGGAGGAUCCACACUGCAGACUGGAGAAACUCAAUGUGGAUCAUGGUGGAGAGUGCUGGAUCAAACCUGGCUUUUUGAAGGCCUGGAAAUAUGCCUGUGAGCUUACACUGGACCCAAACACGGCACACAGAGAACUCUCUCUGUCUGAGGAGAACAGAAAGGUGACAUGGAGGAGAGAGGAGCAGCCAUAUCCUGAUCACCCAGAGAGAUUUGAGAACUGGACACAGGUGCUGUGUAGAGAGGGUCUGUCUGGGCGCUGUUACUGGGAGGCAGAGUGGAGUGGAGGAGGGGUUCAUAUAGCAGUGACAUAUAAAGGAAUCAGCAGGAGAGGAGAGGGUGCUGACUGUGUGCUUGGACUCAAUAAAAAGUCCUGGAGUCUGGAGUGUGGUGGUAACAGUUACUCUGCCUGGCACAAUAAUAAGAGCACUGACAUACCUGUCCCCCCCUCCAGCCCCCACAGAGUAGGAGUGUAUCUGGACUGGCCGGCCGGCACUCUGUCCUUCUACACAGUCUCUUCUGACACACUGACUCACCUGCACACAUUCCACCGCACAUUCACUGAGCCCCUCUAUCCUGGGUUCUGGGUUUAUCCCGACUCCUCAGUGUCCCUGGGUCAGGUAGAAUAGCCCACACACACUCUCACACACUGUGCUCACAUAUAUGUCAUUGAAGAUUGAACUGUAUACAGUUGGAAUUGAUAUCCCAGUGUUUGUAAAUAUUGGUGUG